UCAGGGAGGAGUGUCCGGGCCGUCCAAGGGAUGGAGAAGAUUACGGGGGUGGGGGGGGGGGCCUGAGGACUCGGGAGAGGACUCAUCCCGAGGCUUCAGCAGCUGGGGAGGGGGAUGCGUGGGUCACUCAGGCCCCACCCCCACCCCAGAAACAUGACUCCCGAGGAGUGGCAGUAUCUUGCGAUCCUCCUUAUCUCCAUCCCCGUGGGCUUCCUCUUUAAGAAAGCGGGGCCCGGGCUGAAGCAAUGGGGAGCGGCGGGGGUGGGUGUGGCACUGACCCUGCUCACCUGCGGACCCCACAUCCUCCACUCGCUGGUCACCGUGCUGGGCACCUGGAUCAUCAUGGAGACCUGGCCCAGGUCCUGCCACGCCCUGGCCCUGGCCUGGACCUUCCUCUACCUGCUCUUCUUCCGAAUGGUCACUGUAUUGGGGCUCCCCGCCCCCACGCCCUUCACCAACGCCGUGCAGCUGCUGCUCACACUCAAGCUGGUGAGCCUGGCCAGCGAGGUGCAGGAGCUCCGGGCGCAGAAGGAAACAGACCCCCAGAAGCGGCCGACCGUGGGGCAGCUCCUGGCCGUGCCCUCCCUGCCCCAGGUGCUCAGCUACAGCUACUGCUACGUGGGGCUCCUGACGGGCCCCUUCUACCGCUACCGCACGUUCCACGACUGGGUGCACCAAGGCCCGGCGCGGGUGCCCAGCUGGGAGCCGCUGCUGCUGCGAGCCCGGCCGGCCCCCCUCUUUGGCCUGCUCUUCCUGCUGUCCUCCUGGCUCUUCCCGCUGGAGGCCGUGCGGGAGGACGCCUUCUACGAGCGGCCCUUCGCGUUCCGCCUCUUCUACAUGGUGCCCGUCUUCUUCGCCUUCCGGAUGCGCUUCUACGUGGCCUGGAUCGCGGCCGAGUGUGACUGCAUAGCCGCCGGAUUCGGGGCCUACCCCGUGGGGGCCAAGUCAAGGGCCGGGGGCGGCCCCACCCAGCCCUAUCCUGCCCCGGACAGCCCAGAAGCCGGAGCAGCCACCAAAUACGACUACGAGACCAUCCGCAACAUCGACUGCCAGCAGACCGACUUCUGUGUGCGUGUCCGCGAUGGGAUGCGGUACUGGAACAUGACGGUGCAGUGGUGGCUCGCCCAGUACGUCUACAAGAGCGCGCCGGCCCGCUCUUACGUGCUGAGGAGCGCCUGGACCAUGCUGCUUAGCGCCUACUGGCACGGCAUCCACCCCGGCUACUAUCUGAGCUUCCUGACCAUCCCCUUGUGCCUGGCCGCCGAGGGCUGCCUGGAGUCCGGCCUGCGCAGCCGCCUGGGCCCCAAGGCCCAGCAGGCCUGGGACUGGGCCCACUGGUUCCUGAAGAUGCGGGCCUACGACUACAUGUGCAUGGGCUUCGUCCUGCUCUCGCUGAGGGACACCCUUCGCUACUGGGCCUCCAUCUAUUUCUGCAUCCACCUUCUGGCCCUGGGGGGCCUGCUGCUCGGGCUGGCCCUGGGGGGGGGAGGCCCUGGCCGCAGGGGCGGGGGUGCCCGCUCCGAAGCCAAGACCCUCCCGAACAAGCAUCCCACGCCCCCGGACAAACUGCGGGAGGAGUGAGGAACCCCUGGGGCCGGGCAGGGCAGGGCUGGGCACUGAGUUCCCCACAGAUCUGAGGGGACACCAGAAUCCCUGGGGGUGCCAAGGCUGAGGGGGCUGGAGACCCUGAAGCCUGGAUCCCAGAGGGGCAGGAGGAUCGGGACCCCGAGGCCCUGCGGGCUGGGGCAGGAUGAGCCUUAUUCCCGGGGCUGACAGGGCUGGGAAUCCUGAAGCCGGCGCCCCCCGGGCUGGCUCCUUGGGGGGUGCAAUUUUAAUUUUCUCAAUAAAGAGCCUUGGACAAAA